AUGGCUUCUUUAGUGGAAUCGUGUUUUAAAAUUUUACUUGAUCCAAUCUUGUAUAUUGUUCUUCGAUUACCCACUAAGGCUCCACGCCCAUCAAUGCUUGUGUCACAAUGGGGAGAUAAGGGCUGUUCAUCGAAAUAUGGAGGUAAAGAUAAGGGAAAAGUUGUUUGGAAGGGGUUGAACAUAAACGAAGGAGGCUUAGGUUCUUCAACUAUUAAACUUGUUGCAACCUCAUACCCAAAUGGAAAAGGAAAAGGUGUUCAAUUAGAGCCUUCUGAAGAAGAGAAAAAGAGACUUCGAAAUCUUGAAACUGAGAAAAUGAAGCAGCUUAACAUCAUUAUGAGAAUGAGAGCGAAUGUCCCACAUGAUCUCAACAAGUGA